AUGUCUUCUGGCAGCACUAGCAUCCACACCACCGGUGCCGUCUUCAACCUGAUCAAUCUUCGCGCUCGCGUUAUCAUCUGUGGCCAGAUUACUCAGUACAAUGGCAAGCUUGAUUCGGUGGAGAUGGGACCGCGCUUCUUACACCGUCUGAUUUACACGCGCGCGACCAUCCAAGGCAUUCUUGCGCGAGAUUACGUUGAUCGCAUGGAUGAGAUGCUGCCUGUGAUGAUCGACUGGCUCAACUCUGGCAAGCUCAAGUACGAACAGACCGUCGUCGACGGGUUUGAACAGCUGCCGUCUGCUUUGAACGCCCUGUUCCACGGCAAGAAUGUUGGCAAGAUGCUCGUGCGUGCUUAA